AUGGAGAAGGAGAACAAGACGCGCUUUGUGCUUGUCCAUGGGCUCUGCCACGGCGCGUGGACAUGGUACAAGGUGAAAAUGCGGCUGAAGGCAGCAGGUCAAAGUGUUACCGCAGUGGAUCUUGCUGCAUCGGGUAUAAACAUGACAAGAUUGGAAGAGAUUCAAACUUUGAAGGAUUAUGCCAAACCGUUGCUUGAUAUUCUGAGAUCAUUUGACUCGGAUAAGGUGAUUCUUGUUGCUCAUAGCAUGGGAGGACUAUGCUCUGCUCUUGCUGCUGACAUCUUCCCACGCAAGGUCGCUGCUAUUGUCUUCUUGGCAGCUUUCAUGCCGAACAACAAACCCACCUGCUUAUGUUUACGAAAAGCUGAUCAGAAGCGUACCACAAGAGGAUUGGCUGGACACUGUGUUCGGUACCUACGGGAAACCUGA